CGCCCAGCCCAGCCGCCAGCCCGCCAGCCCACCAGCUCCGCGCAGCGCCCGGACGCCAGCACCGCCCCCGACGGCACGGCGGACGCCGGUCCCGCACCAGCCCCGCACCGCGCACUCUUCACCUGCGCCGCCCGCCCAGCGUCCCACGCAGACCCGCGUGCCGCCCGGGGAUACCGAGGCAGGACCCACGCUGCCGUCGCUCCCGGUCGCCCGCGAGGAUCGGGGAGAGCCAACAUGCUGGCACCGCGCGGAGCCGCCCUGCUCCUGCUGCACCUGGCCCUGCAGCCCUGGCUGGGGGCCGGCGCCCAGGCGCCCCAGGUCUUUGACCUUCUUCCAUCCUCCAGCCAGAGGCUGAACCCAGGUGCCCUGCGGCCAAUCCUGACCGACCCCACCCUGAAUGAGCUCUAUGUGAUCUCCACCUUCAAACUGCAGACUAAGAGUUCAGCCACCAUCUUCGGCCUUUACUCUUCAACUGACAACAGCAAAUAUUUUGAAUUUACUGUGAUGGGACGCUUAAACAAAGCCAUCCUUCGUUACCUGAAGAAUGAUGGGAAGAUCCAUUUGGUGGUUUUCAACAACCUGCAGCUGGCUGACGGCAAGCGGCACAGGGUCCUACUGAAACUGAGCAAUUUGCAGCGAGGGGCUGGCUCCAUAGAGCUCUAUGUGGACUGCACCCAAGUGGAUUCUGUUCACAAUCUCCCCAGAGCCUUUUCUGGCCUCACACAGAGUCCUGCGUCCAUUGAAUUGAGAACUUUCCAGAGGAGGGCACAGGAUUUCUUGGAAGAGCUGAAGCUGGUGGUGAGAGGCUCGCUGUUCCAGGUGGCCAGCCUGCAAGAUUGCUUCCUGCAGCAGAGCGAGCCACUGGCCACCGCAAGCACAGGAGACUUUAAUCGACAGUUCUUGGGGCAAAUGACACAACUAAACCAGCUCUUGGGAGAGGUGAAGGAUCUUCUGAGACAGCAGGUCAAGGAAACAUCGUUUUUGCGAAACACCAUAGCUGAAUGCCAGGCUUGCGGUCCUCUUAGCUUGCAGUCUCCAACCCCAAACACACUGGUGCCCCAGGCACCCCCUGCGCCCCCAGCACCCCCAGUGCGCCUGUGUGACUCCAACUCGUGUUUCCGCGGAGUCCGAUGUACCAACACCAGAGACGGCUUUCAGUGUGGGCCCUGCCCCGAGGGCUACACAGGAAAUGGGAUCACCUGCUCUGACAUUGAUGAGUGCAAAUACCAUCCCUGCUACCCGGGUGUGCGCUGCGUGAACUUAGCUCCCGGCUUCAGAUGUGACGCCUGCCCGGUGGGCUUCACAGGGUCCAUGGUGCAGGGUGUGGGGAUCAGCUUUGCUAAGUCAAAUAAACAGGUCUGCACUGAUAUUGAUGAGUGUCGAAAUGGAGCGUGUGUUCUCAACUCUAUAUGCACUAACACUUUGGGAUCUUAUCGCUGUGGGCCUUGUAAACCCGGGUACACUGGUGACCAGACGAGGGGAUGCAAACCUGAGCGAAACUGCAGAAACCCAGAACUGAACCCUUGCAGUGUGAACGCGCAGUGCAUCGAGGAGAGGCAGGGGGAUGUGACGUGCGUGUGCGGAGUCGGAUGGGCUGGCGAUGGCUACUUCUGUGGGAAGGAUGUGGACAUUGACAGUUACCCAGACGAAGAACUGCCAUGCUCUGCAAGGAACUGCAAGAAGGACAACUGCAAGUACGUGCCAAACUCUGGCCAAGAAGAUGCAGACGGAGAUGGCAUUGGUGAUGCUUGUGAUGAGGAUGCUGAUGGCGACGGGAUCCUGAAUGAGCAGGAUAACUGUGUCCUGACUCACAACGUGGACCAAAGAAACAGCGACCAAGAUAUCUUUGGGGAUGCCUGUGACAACUGCCGGGAUGUCCUAAAUAAUGACCAGAAAGACACUGAUGGGGAUGGAAGAGGGGACGCCUGCGAUGAUGACAUGGAUGGAGAUGGAAUAAAAAACAUUCUGGACAACUGCCAGAAAGUUCCCAAUCGUGACCAACAGGACAGGGAUGGCGAUGGCGUGGGGGAUGCCUGUGACAGUUGUCCUGAUGUCAGCAACCCUAACCAGUCUGAUGUGGACAACGAUCUGGUUGGGGACUCCUGUGACACCAAUCAGGACAGUGACGGAGACGGGCACCAGGACAGCACAGACAACUGCCCCACCGUCAUUAACAGUUCCCAGCUGGACACUGAUAAGGAUGGAAUCGGUGACGAGUGUGAUGAUGAUGAUGACAAUGACGGCAUUCCAGACCUGGUGCCCCCUGGACCGGACAACUGCCGGCUGGUUCCCAACCCGGCCCAGGAGGACAGCAACAGUGACGGCGUGGGAGACCUCUGUGAGACAGACUUUGACCAGGACAAGGUCAUCGAUCGGAUUGACGUCUGCCCGGAGAAUGCUGAGGUCACCCUGACCGACUUCAGGGCCUACCAGACCGUGGUCCUGGACCCUGAAGGGGACGCCCAGAUUGAUCCCAACUGGGUGGUCCUGAACCAGGGCAUGGAGAUUGUGCAGACCAUGAACAGCGACCCUGGGCUGGCAGUCGGAUACACGGCUUUUAAUGGAGUGGACUUUGAAGGGACCUUCCACGUCAAUACCCAGACGGAUGAUGACUAUGCGGGCUUCAUCUUUGGUUACCAGGACAGCUCCAGCUUCUACGUGGUCAUGUGGAAGCAGACGGAGCAGACGUACUGGCAGGCCACCCCGUUCCGGGCUGUCGCAGAACCUGGCAUUCAGCUUAAGGCUGUUAAGUCUCAGACAGGUCCAGGGGAGCAUCUCCGAAAUUCCCUGUGGCACACUGGGGACACCAGCGACCAGGUCAGGCUGCUGUGGAAGGACUCCAGGAACGUGGGCUGGAAGGACAAGGUGUCCUACCGCUGGUUCCUGCAGCACAGGCCCCAGGUGGGCUACAUCAGGGUGCGAUUCUAUGAAGGCUCCGAGUUGGUGGCUGACUCUGGAGUCACCAUAGACACCACCAUGCGAGGAGGCCGGCUCGGCGUCUUCUGCUUCUCCCAGGAAAACAUCAUUUGGUCCAACCUUAAGUAUCGCUGCAAUGACACCAUCCCAGAAGACUUCCAAGAGUUCCAAACCCAGAAUUUUGAUCGCCUGGAUAAGUAAACCCAAGGAGCAAUUCAUAACUGCUUUUCCAAACACUAAAGCCAUAUUUUUUUUAACUUCCUACAACUUUCUUUAUAUACACUGUGGCUUUCUUUUACCUCCCCAAAUGUAUCAAACUUUUUAUAUGAGCGUAGCAAUAAAGAAGAGAUGAUUUCUAAAAA